AUGGGUAAGAAGAACCAAAAAGGUGGUAAAUCGGAACCUGGACAAGUUCAACACCGUGAAAUAUAUCAAAGAAUGAAUUUCCUUUAUCAGGCAGCUACUCUAAUGACCUCCAUAAACAUUCCGAAUAGUCACCAUUCGAAACAAAAGCAUAAUAAUGACUCGAAUUCGACCUUUGCCAAUCAAUCGCAAGAUGCGUCUAGUUCUUUAAGCACUCACAAUCACAGUCUAGUUCCUUUGGGUCGAUUUUAUGUGAAUACCAUGAAGACCAUUGGUACAAAGCAAGUCUUGAGAAUUGAUCCUUCGAUUAAAAGAACUUUAUGCAGAAGAUGCGAGACUCUACUUUUACCUGGUGUCACUUCACGCGUGCGAAUUAAAUCUAGCUCAGAGAAAAAUCUCCAAAUUAAGUGUACACAGUGCAAUGUGACAAGGAAAAUUCCCACUAGAAAAGGUUAUGUUUUAUUUUCAGAAAAGCGAGAAAAUAUUUUUGGAAUGGAAACGGAUGAAGGGAAUGUCGAAAACAACGUAGUGCGUGAAUUGAAACGUGAUAAAAUUAAACAUCACAAAUAA